GCUGUGCAGCGCCUAAAGUCAGAAAUAGAGUGCCGGAAGAGUAACGACCACAGAUCUUUCUCUCUUUCUGUCUUUCUACUUAUUAAAAUCCUCUUCUUUUUCAUCUCAAAGUCAAAACUCUACCUACCUUGUUCAGGGUUUUGUGUUUGGAGAUCUCCUUAGAAAGCUGCUUCAGAAUGACUCGUGGAAAUCAGAGAGAAAAGGAUAGGGAGAGAGCUGCCGCCAGAACUGGUGGAAAGGCUAAGGGAAAAGAUGAUGGAUUGACCCCUGAGCAACGCCGUGAAAGAGAUGGAAAGGCACUCCAGGAGAAGCAAGCUAAGAAAGCUGCUGGAGCUGGAGGUUCAGCUGGAGCUGGAACUGGGGAUGCAAACAAAGCCAAGAAAUAAGAAGCAGCAAACUAUUUAUAUGGGAAUUUAGGAGUGGGAAACGUUGUUGUCUACUAGGAGUUAUCAUCAGAUUCAGAACAUUAUAAGAAGAAAGUUUGUUAGUGAAAAGUUGCUUCCAGCGAAGGUCAGGUUUGAUAUGGUAAACGCCUAAACGGCAUAAUUAUUAGCUUCAUAGUUCAUACUUGGUGUUUACUGUUACCCUACAAACCCAAUAUGUGACUGACUGUUUUUAUAUCCACUCUAUCAAUUUUGUUGUGCCGAGAUAAUUUAUACUGUUCA